CGACCCGCCAUAACGUUGUUCUUUCUGGAACUUUCCACAGGCUUCUGGUCGGGUGAAAGAUGAAGAAUUCCAGAUGAGUCUUUCCCCGUCGCGAGUCUUAUUUUCUUCCCUAAACGCCGCACACUGGUCAAUCAAUCAUUCAUAGACAUCCUGAAGGGCUCUGGCUUUUCCUGAGAAGAAAGAGAAAAGGGCGAAUUUCAAGGCUGUCAAAGUGAAGAAGAGAAAGAGAGCGGAGGUCGGAGAAGGGAUGGGGGUCGACUACUACAAGAUACUGGAUGUCGAUAGGAACGCCAAAGAUGACGACCUGAAGAAGGCGUAUAGAAAGCUGGCUAUGAAGUGGCACCCCGAUAAGAACCCUAACAACAAGAAGGAAGCUGAGGCCAAGUUCAAACAGAUCUCCGAAGCUUAUGAUGUGCUGAGUGAUCCUCAGAAGAGGGCAGUUUAUGAUCAGUAUGGUGAGGAGGGGCUUAAGAGUGGUGUGCCACCGCCGGGAGCUGGUGGUGCCGGUGGUCCUGGUGGUGCCACAUUCUUCUCCACAGGAGAAGGACCGACUUCUUUCAGGUUUAACCCUAGGAGUGCUGAUGACAUAUUUGCAGAAUUCUUCGGGUUUUCUAGGCCCUUUGGAGGAAUGGGGGGUGGUCCUGGAAUGAGAGAUGCGAGGUUUGGUGGUAUGUUUGGUGAUCAUAUGUUUUCGUCCCUCAGUGAAGGUGGUGGUGGUGGUGGAUCAAUGCACCAACCAUCAGCCCAUAGGAAAGCGCCUCCCAUAGAACAGACAUUACCCUGCAGCCUUGAAGAACUCUACAAGGGUACCACCAAGAAAAUGAAGAUUUCUAGAGAGAUUAUUGAUGCGAGUGGCAAAAUAAUGCCUGUAGAAGAGAUUCUAACCAUAAAUAUCAAACCGGGCUGGAAGAAAGGUACAAAGCUUACGUUUACUGAGAAAGGAAAUGAGCAUCCAGGUGUUAUACCGGCAGAUCUUGUGUUCAUAAUUGAUGAGAAACCUCAUAAAGUAUUUACGCGUGAUGGGAAUGACUUGGUUGCCACACAAAAGAUUACUUUGGUUGAGGCAUUGACCGGCUGUACUGUGCAUCUCACUACGCUGGAUGGCAGGAACUUGACUAUCCCUAUCAACAGCAUGAUACACCCAAACUAUGAGGAAGUUGUUCCAAGGGAAGGUAUGCCCAUCCCUAAAGAUCCAUCAAAGAAAGGAAACUUGAGAAUUAAGUUCGACAUAAAGUUUCCCACAAGGCUAACGGCAAGCCAAAAAGCUGGCAUAAAAGAACUACUGGGAUCUUCUGUCUGAUGUCCAAGGCUUCACACAAUCUGUGUCCUUUUUCAUGUAAAUCUGGCAUGGAAGCAACUUUCAGAAGUAGAAGACAAGAUGUUUGGCCGUUAGAAUAGGGGGUUGGUUUGGUGUCGUGCACUUUGUGUUUGAAACUUCUAUAUAGCAUUACUAGUUUUCUGUCCCUUUUUGGUAUUGAACUAUAUGUAAGUAAGGUGGUAACUGGUCAAAAUCAGUUGGGAUAAUUUAUGGCUUUGUUUUAAUCAUUAUAGAAGGAAUAAAAUAUAGAUGAAUUGGGGCAAAAAUAUCAGAUUUGUAUUAUAGGAUUUCAUAUGACAUUAAUCAUCAAUUCCUUUCA